UCGAAAAUUUCAAAAAACAUUAUUGAAGCCCUAAUUUCGUUCUUACCAACCCAAAAGCGUCGUGUCACCACAUCGUGCUGCUUCGGCCACCACCACCGCUGCCGGAAAAACCGAAUUCCCAAUCAUCUCUCGCCGGUGAAGUCCACCACCACCGGCGACCCUAGGUUCGAUUUGAGCGAAUCGAGCAAGUGAAGAAGACUAGACGCCCGAAUCUACUCUAGAGAUUUUAGCACGAGUUUGUUAGUAUCUUUUAGUCCUUAUGGGGCUGUGCAUAAUUUUCUGCAAUAAGAAGAAUAAGAAAGAAGAAGAAGAGAAAUAAUGAUCGCUGGCUGGUGAUGACGCAUCAGCACCAGAAUCAGAGCAAUCCUCCCGCGCCCAAUUCUGAGGCUAUUUGCAGUAAUAGAUCAUCCCACAUUCACAAUCACAGUUACCGUUUGCCUUCGCCUUGUCCUCUCUCUUCGGACUCUCCAUGUAGAAUUCGACUUUCCGAUAUUUUGCCCUACGAUGGACCCCCAAUGCCCGCCUACUUACGGGCCCUUGACGCCUUGUCCACCUCCCUAGACCGCCACAACGCCGCCAUCAUUGAGCUUUCCCCUGAAGACUCCGCCCUUCUUCGAUGCGCAAUCGAUUCCUCACGUCUCUACUUUCGCACCAGGAAGGGUGGUCGAGGUGUUUAUACCUACAGGGCUGGAAGGCCUCUUGAAGAUGUGGAUUCAUCUCCUCCGUGCAUGGCUGACAUUUUUAGAUGCAUGGGAAAGGCAGCUCGUGCUGCUUUAUGUGCGAUAGCAAGACAUCUUCGUUUGCGAAGCGAUGUUUUCAAUCACUUGCUUGACGAUAGCCCAUUGCCUGCUAAUGAGGCGUCUUCGUCAGUUCUUGUUGCAACGUUCUCCCAGAUUUCAUUGCAGCAAGGAAAAGUUGCAACUGGGGGAGGGAAGAUUGCAGUCAGUUGUGAAGUGGAGAAGGGUCUGUUAAUGCUGAUUUCCUCAGAUGCCCCUGGUGUUAUGGUUUGUGAUAACAGUGGGCGUUGGUACCAAGCAGAUAGCUGCAUGGCGCCCGGGGAACUCUUACUUGUUACUGGAAAGGCUCUCAGCCAUGCCACUGCAGGACUGCGACCUGCUUCUUCAUACCGGACUAUAUCUGACAAUCUUAUGAUCCCUACAAAUGGUGGAAGGACAUCGUUGAUAUUUCGGCUAAUGCCACAAGGCAAUGCAAUACUAGAUUCUACUCCGAUUGCGGCAGCUGGGCAUGUAAUUCCUCAGAGCUAUGGGCCUAUAUCUGUAAGUCAGUUUAUGGAUGACCUUUCCGCUGAGGAAGAUGUCUUGUGUAACCAUAAUGAUAAUACUUAUGUACCUGCAGAUAAUUUGAAUAUGGAACCAUCAUUGAGAACUGUGCUCUCCGAUUCCUUAUCUGGCGCAUUCCUUGACGAUGCUAUGCUAGUUUCCUGUGGGCAUUCAUUUGGUGGUCUAAUGCUGAGGAAGGUCAUUGAAACGUGCAAAUGCAUACUCUGCAAUUCUGAAAUUGAGGGUGGGUCGUUGAUCCCUAAUCACGCUUUAAGAGCUGCAGCUCUUGCAGUGAAGCAAGAGGAUGAUCGCAGACUAUUUCAUAAUGCAACUCUCAGGAAACGCAGGAAGGAGGCAAGUGAGCACAGGGAAAAUGGUGAUAUUACUCCAGAAAAUGGGUUGAAUAGAGGUGUACAAUAUCCUUUCACAGUUAAUGAGAAGGUUGUUAUAAAGGGUAACAGACGGACACCUGAUAAGUUUGUUGACAAGGAAGCGGUGAUUACGUCGCAGUGUCUGAAUGGAUGGUAUUUACUUAAGAUUAUUGAGAGUGGAGAAAAUGUUCGGUUACAAUACCGUUCCUUGCGAAAAAUCUCAAUUUCCCAUGAUUCUGAGCGGAGAUGUGUACCGCAACCAGUUCUGAGUAGCAGCUGAUAAGCCUGUUUUUGUAAUCUGUAAUGCAUAUCAUUAUUUGGUUAAUUGUUGUUUAGCUAGAUUUAGAAGUAGAAAAGGUCAGAAGUCUUUAGUGUCGGUAACUCUAAUUUUCUUUUUAUUUUUUGAUAAGUAAAGGAACAAGAGUCCCCGUUCGUAGUGGUACAAUGAUCACACAGCUAUCUAUCUGAUACAUAUAC